CCAUGUAGUCUGCAGAUAGACUUAACUUUAUAAAGUUUUUUUUUUUCUUUAUUUUCCAUUGCGAUUAAAAUAUAUUUGUCAUCAUCAUUAUUAUUUUGCCUGCUGUCAAGUUAUUCUAAAAUUGGGAAGUAAUGAGCGUGGAUGCAUUGGGAAGCCCCGUGAUGGACCCUACGUUUUCCAAACGGAACACGGCGCUGAGAUUAGUUGACUUGGCAGGGGCUCACCACCAUCACCAUCAUCACCACCAUACCCCUCAGAGCGUGACAGGCUUCCCGGGGUUCAGCAGCCAUCCACACUCAAUGGCUCACUCGCACCCUGGGGAGAUUACUGCGGAACCCCGCCUGGGGCCGAGUCCAUUCGGGCCAGAACACAUGGGGCACUCCGCGGCCCUCAAAAUCAGCCCAGCCCAUCAUUAUCCCCACCACCAUCACCACCACCACAAUCAUCAUAUGGCAGGCCACAGUGAAGUGGUCUCCAGUCAAACGGGAGCUUUUGGCCCGGUUCAGGCGACAUCGGUCCCCUAUUCUAUGUCUCACACGGCCCAGGCUUUAUCCGCAGGUAGGGAUUUCCUCAUCCGGAGAGAUCUGACAGCUCAAGCCAUGCCAGUACUGACUGACCAGACUGCUGGUUCAGCCUCUCACCACGGAAUGUUUGUCUCAACAACAGGUAGCUAUCCCGGACACUAUGGUCAUCACCCUGACGCUGGGAACCAUACCCUCUUCUCCGGACUCCAUCACGACCAGCCUACGAACGGAUCACCGGGUGGCCAAGCGUUGAAUGGACAAAUAAGGUUAGGACUACCUGGAGAAAUGUAUGUUAGGUCUGAUCACUUAAGUCAAGUGGCAAGCUCCAGGGCUGAUCCGUUCUCCGCCUCGCCUUUACAUGGCUACGGUGGUCUGAAUCUGAACAUGAAUCUUAGCGCUCACCACCACCACCACCACGGAGCCGGUGCCUUUUUCCGCUACAUGAGGCAGCCGAUAAAGCAAGAGCUUAUUUGCAAGUGGCUGGAGCCGGAGCACUCGCCGAAGAAACUUUGCUCCAAAACUUACAGCACCAUGCACGAACUAGUAACGCAUGUGACGGUAGAGCACGUUGGAGGACCAGAGCAGGCAAACCAUAUAUGUUUUUGGGAAGAGUGUCCGAGGGAAGGCAAACCUUUUAAAGCCAAGUACAAACUUGUAAAUCACAUUCGAGUGCACACCGGGGAGAAACCGUUUCCGUGCCCGUUCCCUGGAUGUGGGAAAGUGUUUGCAAGAUCCGAGAAUCUUAAGAUUCACAAAAGGACGCACACAGGUGAAAAACCCUUCAAAUGUGAGUUUGACGGCUGCGACAGACGCUUCGCCAACAGCAGUGACCGGAAAAAGCACUCCCACGUCCACACCAGUGAUAAGCCCUACAACUGCAAAGUGAGAGGCUGCGAUAAGUCCUACACACACCCCAGCUCCCUGAGGAAACACAUGAAGGUGCACUGCAAGUCCCCCCCGCCCAGUUCAGGCUACGAGUCGUCCACCCCGUCCCUGGUGUCCCCCUCCUCAGACUUGGGCCGGGAGCCAGGGGGCUCUUCGGUGCUGUCAGAGCCCGUGGGAGCCUCUCAGCCCGCGAAUUUAAGUGAAUGGUACGUGUGCCACAGUUCAGGUGCCAGCGGCGUCCAGACACCACCCAGCGGCCCCUCCACGCCCGACCCCUCAGAAGAAGCACCUUACAGACACCCAGAAACCAGGGACGCGUUUUAACCCGAUUGGACUCGAACACGGUGCCAGAGGUGACCCAACACACGCGCAAAAAAGCUCAACUAUGAUCAAAAUGGUUUGGCUUUUGGUGCCUUUAUGCCUGUGAAGGUCCACUGGUCCUGUUUUGGAUGAGCCACCAAACUGACACCCAGAGCCAAGAGACGCAUUUGAACCACAUUGGAAGUAAAAUGUGCAAACCUUAAAGACGUGCUAAUUUCCAGGCACAUUAAAAGAGUAUAUUUUCAAACCUCAGCUAUUCACAAUGGUUGGCUCAGUGCCUACAUGCGCCCUGACGGCCCACUGGUCCACUUGUGGAGACGUGUCGUGUAAAUCCGUUAAACUAUGUGGUACAUUAUAGUAGGCUAGACAUGUGGGUGUAAAAUUAUUUUGUAAAUUCGAGUUUUGACUUCAAUAUGUUUUUAUUUAUUUUUCAAUCUGAUAUUGAGGGAUUUUGUAUUAUCGAACCAAAGUGCAUGUUUCAAUUUGGGCAAAUUGUACAUUUGUAAAUUUUGUAAGUUUCGAUGUGUUGAUGUUGAUAAUUUUGUCCCAGAGCAGUUUCUUACUGAGAACUGCACUUAUUUGUACAAACAUCUUCAGUUUACAGCGUUAUUAUUAUUUUUUUGUUUUUCCAUUUGUGCAGAGGGUCAUACUGUUUCAUAAGCCUGCAGUGUUUGAUAUACGACCGUGAAAUUAUAAAUGUUUUAUCAAAGUGGGCAUUUUGUGAUUUUGUAUCAUUAUCGUCAGUAUUUUUAUUUUUUUAUUUUUUUUCUUUUUGAGUAUCUGGAGUCGAGCGGAAUUCACAAUGCGUACCGAACUGCCU